ACAACUAUGUAGAAUUGCGCCCUUUUUUCAAAGGUGAGAUUGCGAUGAGAGGCAAUCAUUUUUUCUAAUCAAUUAUUACCAGUCGGUCACUUUACACUUAUCCUGUUUGAGAAACCUUUUUUCGUUACUACCAUCUUUCAAGCUUAUUGUAGAACAUGAGUACCGCUUCCAAAAGAGUUACAAACGAACUCCGUAAUUAUUAUUCAUGUGUCUCCUCUGUCGACACUGGAAUAAGAAUUAAAGUCAUUGAAGGAAACAUUAUGCAUUUAAAGGGAAUCAUAAAAGGAGUGGAAGAAACGCCGUACGAAGGUGGUAUUUUUGAGCUUGACAUCAAAAUCGGAGAAUCUUACCCAUUCAAAGCUCCCACUGUAAAAUUUAUAACCAAGAUAUGGCAUCCAUCAGUGAGCCCAUUCGACGGGACCAUAUGCCUUCAUGAUGUGGACAAUGGAGUUUGGCCAGUAUCUAUGACAAUUUACAAAGUGUUAAUAGUUAUUCAAUCCUGGAUGUCAAACUUUAAUGAAAAGGAACCCAUUGACGUGGAGAUAUUGGAGCAAGCCACAAAUAAUCGAGAAGUGUUCGAGAAAACAGCCGAGUUUUGGACUAAACGGUUUGCCGGCUCGCGAAGGAAACCGUACAACCAAGAGUGCCAGCAGAAAGUUCAGCUCAUGUCGAGGGUCAUACGAAAUGAAGAACUCUCAAUAAUCGCACUGAGCUAUCACAACUGGACUCUUCCUUAUGAUGUUCUCGAACAAGAAAACAGUUUAUGAACUAUUUAUAUUUUUAUUGUAUGUUAAGUUAUUGUACAUAUUAUAGUUUGAGUGUUAUUUUUGAAAUAAGUUUGUAGUGAACACUUUAAAACUGUUAU